GUAAAUAGUUCGUCGCCCGUGUGGUCGGAGUUCCGCCCUUUCUGUCCACCUGCUGUGUCCGCGGCCGCCGGGAUGUUGCGCUCGCUGAUUCGGGGACGGACCUUGCUGCAGCAUUCUCGAAGAGGAAUACCUCAGGCAUGGUUAGUAGCAGCACCGCACCGAUGGGCAUCAAGCCUACCCAUGAACACCGUCGUACUCUUUGUUCCACAGCAAGAAGCUUGGGUAGUAGAACGAAUGGGUCGUUUUCACAGAAUACUUGAUCCAGGUUUGAAUUUCUUGAUUCCAGUCGUAGAUCGGAUAAGAUAUGUACAGAGCUUAAAAGAGAUCGUUAUUGAUAUUCCAGAACAAUCUGCUGUCUCAUUAGAUAAUGUGACUUUACAGAUAGAUGGUGUACUAUAUUUACGAAUAAUGGAUCCAUACAAGGCAAGUUAUGGAGUUGAAGAUCCUGAGUAUGCAGUUACUCAGCUGGCCCAAACAACCAUGAGAUCUGAACUUGGGAAGCUCUCAUUGGACAGUGUUUUCAGGGAAAGAGAAGUAUUGAACAUGAAUAUGGUAACUCAAAUAAAUCAAGCUGCAGAUACAUGGGGAAUCCGCUGCUUGAGAUACGAGAUCAAGGAUAUCCAUGUUCCACCUAAAGUGAAGGAAGCCAUGCAGAUGCAAGUUGAGGCUGAAAGAAAAAAGCGUGCUACUGUGUUGGAAUCUGAAGGGGCCAGAGAAGCUGAAAUCAAUAUUGCAGAAGGGAAGAAACGGUCUCGAAUUCUGGCUUCUGAGGCAACAAAAGCAGAAAAGAUCAAUCAAGCUGCAGGUGAAGCCAAUGCAGUCAUUGUACAAGCAAAGGCAAAAGCAGAAUCUAUUCAAAUGCUUUCUGAAGUCCUUGGUCAACAAUAUGGAAGUCAAGCAGCCUCAUUGACUGUAGCAGAGCAAUAUGUAUCUGCCUUUAAUAACUUGGCCAAGCAGACCAAUACACUUCUACUUCCAUCAAAUACAGCUGAUGUCACUAGCAUGGUGUCACAGGCCAUGGGAAUUUACAAUGCCCUCAAUAAACCGGAAGCAAUGAAAGAGAAACUGACAAUGGAUGCUGCUUAUACUGAGAAAUCGCCACUAGUCAGUGGGAAUCAAACAUUCCGUUCAGAGACAUAAUCUGAGAUUUCAACUGAAUGACAAAUGAAAAUUGAAAUUGCAGAAUUUCCCAAAUUCUGACUGUUCUGAGAUGAAGAUUUGUUUUAUUCAUGUCACAACAAUUUUAUACUCGUAGAAGAAUUGAUAUCAUUGGCUGCCUGUAGCUUAUGUUCUUCCUGUUGAACUGCAUCAUGGAUAUAAGAUUGGAUGAAUUGAUUGGGAUCAGUUUGUAAAAUUUCCUGAGAAAGAAAUUAAAUGUCUAAUUAUUUCUUCUCCAACAUCAAAAGUAAAUA